AUGUCAAAUUCAAAAUCAAUACCUGGUGGUACAACUUCAUUAACAUUUGGUUAUCAUUUCAACCAAACAAUUAAAAAAGGAAUGAUUCCACAUAAUGUUACAUCAUUAGAGUUCAAAAAUUAUGAAGGUUGUCUUAUUGAAGCAAAUUCAUUACCAAUCUCAAUUAAAACUUUGGUUCUUCUUAAACAUAAAUCUAUCAAUAACCUAAAGGAUAUAUUGCCACCAAGCAUUACAAAUUUAACAGUGGGUGGUUUCUCUGAUUUUAAAACAUUUAAUGUUUAA